AUGACAUUGACCCCCAAGGAUUUUAGUUCAAUUUCUGGAAUACCAGUGCAUGGUAACCCAUUGAAAAUGGAUAGACGCAUCCACAAAAAUAUAGAACAACUAACAAAGUUAGUAGGACAACCAUUAGCAACCAUUGGCAGAAGAAGGGUGAAAUUGAGUUGGCUAUACACAGCUUAUCGCAAUAUGCAACUAAGAAAUAUUGAAGACCAUGAUAUUUUAACUAGGGUCUUCAUACUUGCACUACUUGGGUGCACUUUGUUUGCACGUUCUAAUAAGAUGGUGCACUUGUACUACUUACCGUGUUUGGCUAGUAUAGGAGAUAUAGGAUCUUUCAAUUGGGGGGGAGUUGCAUUGGCUUUUAUGUACCAGCAAAUGGAUGACUUAUGUAGACACAACACACACUGCAUGGGAGGCCUUUGGAAAGCAUGGGAGGUUUGGGCAAGGGAAUACCUACCAUGUGUACGUGUUACACCACAAUCGAUAUCAUCAAAAGUCUUUCCACGAAGCCUUCUGUGGAGUAAUUGCCCUCCACCAACAAUGGGGAUUGCAGCCCUGUUGAAGUACUAUAGGGAAAAACUAACAAAUCUAACAUUGGACGAGGUUGACCUCUGUCCAUGGGGAGAUGAAGAAAUUCAACCUUACUAUGUUGCCCUAAGUGAGGUAGCCAACUCCAGUCGAAUCUUACUGGUUGGCCCGAACGGAGCAGAGUGGUAUUUGGGGGAGCGAGUUUCAAUGCAAAGUUGUGGAAUUGUUCCCAACCGAAUACCACAACUACCACCCAAGUCAAUGCUUGUUCGAGAAAAACUGGUCAUAAUUACAAAGCCGUGGUGUUUGUCUGGUAAAUCGGCAUCAGAAUUCUGGGAAGAACAAACAAAGGAGAACUGUGAAAAGUACAAAAGAGAAGUUUUGUGUACAAUAACACACCACAAGGUAACACAGUCAACACCAAAAACACUUAUACGAAAAAUAGAUGCGAUUCAAAGAGAGUUAAUGCAGCAAAUGAUUACAACAACGACUGCCUUGAAUAAUUACAAGUCCAUACUUGAAAAUGUCCACGAGGAAAUGGUUCAAUGGACAGGUGAAGACAGCGAAAGUGAUUUCAAAAGGGACAACUAA